AUGGCCUCGACGCUGUACGAAAUCGCGCGGCUCUGGAUCACGUUCAUCGCGCUCGCGUGCGGCGGUAAGCUCGGCGAGCUCGUCCACGCCCCGCUCGUCGGCGAGAUCGUCGUCGGCCUCCUCCUCGGCCCCUCCGGCGCGAAUUUCAUCCCCGAGCCCGACGGGGUCGUCCUCCUCGGAAACCUCGGCCUGUGCGUCCUCGUGAUGACCGGCGGGCUCUCCAUCGACGUCGACGCCCUCGCGCACGUCGGCCCGGUCGCGAUCGCCAUCGCGGUCACCGGGACGCUCCUCCCGAUCGCGCUCGGGUGCGCGUUCAUGACCGCCGCGGGGUACUCCCCCGCCGUCGGCGUCGCCGCGGGCACGGCGCUGUCGUCGACGUCCAUCGGGAUGGCGACGAACACGAUGGCCGCGGCGAACGCGUUGCACACGCGCAUCGGCUCCCUCGUGUGCGUCGCCGCGAUGAUCGACGACGUGCUGUCCCUCGUGAUCCUCGCGGUGUUGGGGAACGUCGGAGGGUCGAGCGACGACGCGGGAGCGUUGACGUGGGCGAUCGGCCGCCCGGUUAUGGUUUCCGUCGCGUUCGUCGUCGUCGGCGCCGGCGCCGCGCGCGUCGUCCCGCGCGUCUUCGCGCGAGAGUGGGGGUGGGCGACGCGAGCUGGAGAGACUUUGACGAAGAUGAAGCGAGACGACGUCGUCGUCGCGUCGAUGCUGACGCUGACGCUCGGUCUCGUCGUCGCGUGCGGCGCCGCGGGGUCGACGUAUUUAUUAGGCGCGUUUGUCGGAGGGUACGCGUUCGCCGCCGCGCCAAACGCGAAGGACGCGUGGGCGAAGUACGACCUCCUCAGCGCGCGGCUCGCGUCGAUCUUCUUCCUCUCCGUCGGGAUGCAGAUCCCGCUCGCGGACCUGUUCGACGGCGCGGGCGCGGGGCUCGGAAUCGGGUACGCGGUCCCCGCGGUGCUCGGGAAGCUCGCGACGGGGGCGUUCGUCCGCGACGUCGGCGACGCCGCCGUCGUCGGCUGGGCCAUGGUCGGCCGCGGCGAGCUCGGGUUCGUCAUGGCGAGAGAGGCGUUGGACGAGGGGUUGUUCGGGGAUACGCCGUACGUCGCGUGCGUGUGGGCACUGCUCAUCGCGACGCUGGUGUCCCCGGUGUUCAUGCGACGCGCGCUGGAGCGGAGGAAGGCGGCGGGGGGAUGGGCGGCGGGGGACGUCGGCGCCGCCGAGGACGGAGCGGACGCGGUCGAGAUAGGUAGGCACGACGUAGCGUAG